AUGAUUCAAGACAGCAUGGCCACAGAUAAUCACGACUCAAAUGCCAUUGCUCAGAUGAAGGCAGCCAUUUUGAAGGAUCUUACUGACAGAUACCAAGGAGAGGAUGAAAAGUUCAUGCAGGAGAGCAGUGCUUUGGAUCCACGCUUUCGGACCUUGCAACAUCUAGGCAGUGGAGAGAGAGAGGACGUCUUUGAACGAAUAAAGUUCAAAGCAUCACAGAUGCAACAACAGGACCAAGAUGUGCUGCCCAGGAGCCCACAUGCAGCAGAUCUGGACGACAGCAACGCAAGCUUUGUGCCUCCUCUUAAGAAGCAUGACCUUGAGGACCUCCUUGGCUCUUCUUUUAGCAGUAAUCAAGUCACAGGUGGAAUUCAGGCAGAAAUUGACUCUUACUGCAAAGAAGCAUUAGUUUCUCUGUCUGCUUGCCCUCUUAAAUGGUGGAGAGAAAAUGCAGGGCGGUAUCCUAUUCUGUCUUCAUUAGCAAAGACCUACCUGUGUAUACCCGCUACCUCUGUGCCCAGUGAAAGGAUAUUUUGA